UUUUGUUUGCAAUAUCUCCAGGACAAAACAAAUUAAGAAAUCCCUACAGACAUGAUUUCUCACCUAGGCUCUAUAUUUGCCACUUUAAUGUUUGUUUGGGCAGUUUUCCAGCAGUAUUUCCCAUACCAAUUUCGAGGCUAUAUCGAAAAAUACUCCCAAAGAUUGCUUAGUUUUGUCUAUCCUUACAUUCAGAUUACUUUCAAUGAGUUCGCAGGUGAACGUCUGAUGAGGAGCGAAGCAUAUUCCGCCAUUGAAAGCUACCUUAGUUCCACUUCCUCUUCACAAGCUAAGAGGCUCAAAGCUGACAUAGUGAAGAACAAUCGGUCUCUGGUUCUUAGCAUGGAUGACCAUGAAGAAGUUGCAGAUGAAUUUCAAGGUGUAAAGCUAUGGUGGGCUUCUGGCAAACAUGUUGGCAAAACACAGUCGUUUGCUUUCUAUCCUGUCACGGAUGAGAAAAGGUUUUACAAGCUUACUUUCCAUAAAAAACACAGGGAUUUGAUCAUCGGACCUUACCUCAAACAUGUUUUGAAAGAAGGUAAGGCCAUCAAGGUAAGGAACAGGCAAAGGAAGCUUUAUACAAACAAUGGGCCGAAUUGGAGCCACGUUGUGUUUGAGCACCCUGCAACUUUUCAAACAUUAGCAAUGGAACAGGACAAGAAGGAGGAGAUUAUGGAAGAUUUGGUUACUUUCAGCCAAGCAGAAGAGUUUUAUUCGAGAAUUGGGAGGGCUUGGAAGAGGGGUUAUCUUCUUUAUGGUCCACCAGGGACUGGUAAAUCCACCAUGAUUGCUGCAAUGGCUAAUCUUUUAGGGUACGACAUUUAUGAUCUUGAGUUAACAGCUGUGAAAGACAACACAGAACUGAGGAAACUGUUGAUUGAAACGUCAAGCAAGUCGAUCAUUGUUAUCGAAGACAUUGAUUGUUCACUCGAUUUAACCGGUCAAAGGAGGCCAAAAAAGGAGAAAAAGGAUGAAGCAGAAAAGAUGAAACAACAUCCAAUGCACAAGGCAAGCAAAGAAGAAGCUAAAAGCAGUCAGGUUACACUGUCGGGGUUGUUGAAUUUCAUUGAUGGGCUAUGGUCAGCUUGUGGGGGUGAAAGACUGAUAGUAUUCACGACCAACUUUGUUGAGAAGCUUGAUCCAGCUUUGAUUCGAAAAGGUCGAAUGGAUAAACAUAUAGAAUUGUCGUAUUGUGGAUUUGAAGCAUUCAAGGUGUUGGCUAAAAACUAUCAAAAGCUCGACUCUCAUAAGUUGUUCGGCAGGAUUCAGGAUUUGUUGAGAGAAGUUAGAAUAACUCCAGCUGAUGUUGCUGAGCAUUUGAUGCCAAAAACUGCAUCAAGGGAUCUUCAAACUUGUUUCGAAAGCCUGAUCCAGGCUCUAGAAUCUGCAAAGCAAGCACAAGACAGUAACAAAGAAGACACAGCAUUGAUCCAGGGAUUGUCUGAAAAAUCAGUUCAAUAAGAGGGGAGGGGAUGAAUGUAUGGGAGUGACCCCAAAUUGUAGGCUUAUAGAUUGUAUUAAUCAAGCAAGCAAGCAAUCUAUUACGAGUUAUGAGAAGUUUAUGGAUAAUAAAAAGAACUAGAAAACUAGAAAUGGAUGUAUUCAAAUAUCUUUUCAACAUAUAAAAUUUUCUUAUAAAUUUUGUAAAA